AUGUGGUUCUUGAAGCAGCCAACCGCGAAAGGCAAAAACGAUGAAAAGACCACCGCCAACAAGCAGCCGGGCGGCAAGGAGCAGCCGGGCGGCAAGGAGCAGCCGGGCGGCAAGGAGCAGCGGGGCGGCAAGGAGCGGGGUGGCAAGGAGCAGCGAGCGCGGGGCGAAACCUCGCGGAGUGACCAGUUGGCGACCCGCGACCGAGCAGAUAACGUCUUACCUCCGACUCCGGUGCGGGUGCCCUUGAGCCGGGUGCUUUCGGGCGAUUUCCCCAUCGACGCGCCCGCCUUGUCGCAGCUACGCGCGAAGAUCUCGAGAGACUUCGGCCCGAAGGCUCUGCACGACAUUUCAUCGGUGGGCACGCCCUCCACGGACACGUCCCCGCCAAUGCCCAGCUGCACUGGCACAACGGAUAUAACUGCCAGCUCUUCUUCUGAAAUCUUCUCACCUUUAGUUACAAAUUGCUCAGGUGGCCCAACAGUCAUCGGACUGAAAGAGUUCAGUCACCCGACGAGGCGCGCCUUCAGUGAAAUUAUUCAUACGCUUUAA